AUGUACCAAAAACCCAGAACUCAACUCAAACCCACAUCUCUCUCUUCUCUCUUCACCCCAAAAUGCCUUCUCAAUCAGAAACUCCUUCUCCUCCCAUCCUGGAAGCCCAAGCCCAACAAAACCUACAAGCCCGUUACCAUCUUGGCCUCUUUUCCUCCCGGGCCCACCUCCGGCCUGGCCCAAACCCUAAUCUCGCUCCUCCGCUCCAUCCUGAACUGGGCUAACGCCGUGCAGGAGCACGGCAUGCAGAAGAAGCGCGCCUUCUACACCCACCAGAACUGGCGCGACCAUCGCAGCUCCCUCCGCCACCUCCGCCACGUCUUCUCCAGCCUCUCCUCCCGCGUCAUCCUCUCCCUCGUCACUCCCGUUCUCUUUUUCACCGCCUUUGCCGCCGCCAUCAUCGCCGACAACGAGGCCCUCCUCCUCCACCUCCUCCUGGACUUCCUCCCCCUCCUCCGCCCCUCCUCCCUCCCCUACCAGCUCAUCCUACAACGCAAAAGAAUUUGA